GUAGCUACCUAGGUUUUACUCGGCAUCACACGAUGAGCACCAAGGCUCUAAGCGUGAGGAGCGACCACUCUCACGUAGAUGUUUCACUCCAGUCGCUUAUCUGUCCGAAAUGCAACGUGAAAUACCCCAACAUCCACGAGCUUCUUACGCACCAAGCUGCUGAAAGGCAUUUUUCUUGCGAUCAAUGCUGCUUGUGCUUCUGGUCUGAAGUCGGUCUCCGAGAUCACAAACGAAAAAACCAUCGGCCUGAAAUCGACCUUGAAUGCUUUGGAUGUCAAUCUCACUUUAUUCGCGCCGGUUUGUUUUGGGAACAUUUAGAGAGUGGGAAAUGCAGUGCCAUCUACCCCAGCGAUUUAGUGAGACUUCGAGAGAAGAAUCUCGAGUUCGCGAAACAGCUCGAGCGGCGCAGAAUGAAGUUGGAGGACAUGAUCCCACACGAAGAUAGUCACAUUAAAGGAGAGGAAAAUACCUGGGCUUCGAACCUCAAGGAAGAUACAGCACCUGUUCCGCCUGUUGUGACUCCAGACUUCCCUUCUCGACCAGCCCCUAUCUCUGCAGAGAAUGCCCACCCAUUAUACUACCGUAGUGAGGAUUUUCCAGUGCUUCCUACCAACCCUAAAGGAUCAACGGCACCAAAUCCGCGCGAUGAGAAGAAGAAAGAUAAUGCUUGGUCAACCCUCAAAGCCACCGUCUUCCAGACACCCAGCAAAAGUUCGGUUUCUUACAACGCCGUUCCGCCGCCUGUUUUAUACGAUAGCUCAACGGGCAGUGUCAAUAAAAACGCAUUCAGAGAGUCAAUGCAUAAUGACAAAAUUCGACUCUUGCAAAUUGGUAACCACCCAGCAGAAGAGGGACCACAUGAUGCUACUUCUAAUGGGCUGAUUAUCAAUCCGGAUCACCCCGAUUACAACCCUGCUGUAUACUACAACGAGCUGCUGGAGAAGUUCGUGUGCCCCUAUAAGAUCUGCAAGAAGAAGUUUUAUGAUGUAUUCUCUCUUACUCGUCAUCUCCAAUCCCCGGCCCAUGCCGGUGGUCGUAUUUCAUGUAUAUGCUGUAAGAAGAGCUUCACAACUGUAGCGAAUUUAAUCACCCACAUGGAGAUGGCAACCACCUGCCCAAUUCGAGAUACUGAUGGUUUUCGAAGAGCUCUUGGUCAGAUUACCGGGGGCAUUUUGGACUUCCACUCACCUUCAGGCAUUUUCUUCAUUGACGACAAAUCAGUUCAAGAACUUCUCAAACUCCGGACUGCAUAAUAUCAAGGACUAUCAUAGGAUUGAUGAGAAAGAGAAAAAGUCUUCAAUGUAUGUACCUCAAAUGGAAGCGUUAGGG